UUUUCUUUGGCAUUGGUAGAAAACUCGUUUCUGCUUAUCGCGAAUGAAUUAACUUGUUUUUUAAGUAAUACCAUGCCGAAUACGUCAUUAUUUAGAUUAUACCGGUUAUUUUACAUAAAGGUGUGACAUGUGUAAUAUAAUGUUAAAAACAUAUUAGUUUUAGGAGCUCUAAUCCUUUGAAAUUCGUUUGUCGCCAGUUAUUAUAAUAAAUGUACCGGUUUCAUGCGGAAAAUUUUAAAAGGAAGUACAUAAUUAGGAUCUCAAAAAGAAGAAGAAGACGAAGAAAAAGUAGAAGCUCGAAGCAUGCGACAGGAUAAAGAUCUUUUUCCUCGGCGAAGAUAUAAGCGCGCUAAGAAAACUUUCGCAUCACGGAAGCCGGCACACGUUGCAUUUAUCAACUACGAAGCUCUUGGAGUCUCGUUUUUCAUUUAGAAGAUAGACUCGUCGUUCUGUUUGGUUUCAACUUCCGUGAGUUUAUAAAUUUAUUAGAUACUUCUUACGUAACGUAGUAUCACAUAUUGAUUAAUUUCUUUCUUUAACAAAUCUUUAAUAUUUUUUUCUUUUUUCAAAGAAAUUAUUAAUUAUGUUCGAAACGUGUAUCCUAAGAAGAACAGAUCGAUAUUAAAGAUGAAUCUUCUUUGGGAUAACGAAAUUCCCUUGAAAUAAGUUUUUGCAUUUAACUUAACUAGGAAUAAAUUUGAAGGAGUAGGACCACAGGUAAAAGAUUCUUUUCGUUAUUCUUAAGAGCGAAGACGUAGAUGGUCCUUGGAUGCAUAGUACACAUGGUACUAUGCGGGGAGGGCCCCGUCACGAAGGCGAAGUUAACUGCCCAUAACUCAUAGCCGACAUAUAAUAAAUAUCGUUACUCCAUCGUGAGCACACGUGGACUUUCGCGAAGUGGUUUAUAAGCGUAUACGAAACGUACGUGAAGUAUGGAGGGACCUCACGUAUAUUCUGUGUAUAACGUCGACCGAACAUAAACGUUCGGCGUACCGUACGUGUCUACGCCUUCGCCUUGCUCGCUCGUUGGAAAAGGCUUUCCUUCGAUCAUUCGCGUUUAAGCUUUUGCCCUUUAAUGGCCGAACUCGUCAACGAAGAUGAUGUCUCAUGGACGAGUUAUGUUACAUUUUUCUUGGAAUUUUUAAAUAACCAGAAUAGAACAGGAAUGUGUUCUGUCAACGGAAAGCAAAAAAAGAGAAAAAUAAAGAUCGUGCAAGAGGACGAACCCUUGAAAUAAGGAUAAGAAAAAAUAUCCUGCGUGACCGACCGCCGCAGUUUGUGGUUACAAUAAACAAGGAAAAAAAAGAAAUCGGAGAAGAAAAGAUCCUGAGGAAAGAAAAGGCGAUCCUUUAUACGUAAGGAUGCGAGUGCGUAGGAGAAGAUACACGAAGCGGUGACGACACACGGAUUUGUCUCGACAUGAGGCUAAGUCCAAUUUUUUUGUCAUGCGCCACGGCGAGCUGGCUCGGUCCUGCCGAGGCUAUUCGUAGUCCUACUUAUUCGAAGGACUACGAAUUAUCAACGGAGUUCUUCCUGGUGCCGUCGGAGGAUACGGCCGAUAGAAAUGGUUUGGCGAGCGUGGCUAGCGUUAUCAGCGUGCCGGCACCGAACAGGACUGUAUCCGUCUUCAGAAUGCCAACGAGGAAGGGCCAAGAACGCGAAACCGAAUCAACCAGACUGCCGAGCUCGCGUUUCCUUCUCAGACAACGACCUUGGGCUCUUCCCCUUGCAGCCCUAAGUGCCGCAGCGAUGCUUCUCAUGGCUGGUUUCGAGGUUUUCGUACUCCUCAAGGCAAGAGCAGCAGCUCCAAACAGACGUCACUUGUUCCUAGGCCAAGCUCUUUUACUUGGUCUCUUUCUUUUGGCUGGACUCUCAGCUGCAGCUUCCCUCAGCCAAAAUCCUCUCUCUUGUGCAGCCUUCAGACUAGUCGGUUUACCAGCGGCCCUCGUAUUUGCGGCCCUUCUCGUCAAAUGCGUUUUCCUUCUUUCAUUGAACAGUGGUGUCUAUUUACCAGCACCUUAUCAAGCUUUAGUACUGGUAUUCGCUGUACUGGUACAAGUAGCUAUCGUCGGCCAAUGGUUUUACGGGGAACCACCCGCGGUGAUACAAGUUCAAAAUAUGGAUCAGAAUGGUCCGCUAUUGGGUUGCAAAACUCCCCUCGGACAGACAGUGGCUUCCCUAGGAUAUCCAGGGAUACUCUUAGUAGCGGUUGCCUGUUUAGCCGUUCGAGCACGUGGCGUACGCGAUAAUAACAGAGAAGCUGCUUUUAUUGGACUCGCCGUUGGUCUCUCAUUGCCCAUUUGGAUAUCAAGCGCAAUUGGUUCUACAGUAGCGUCCUCCGAGAGCGAUAAGGAGGCGUGGCUGGCCUAUGGCCUCCUUACUACUUCGUUCCUCGUCUUUUUGACGAUGUUCCUGCCGAAGGGUCGACAAUUGGCCGCCCUUGGUCGUGAAGGACCCACAACCGUCAUUCGAGAUCGCGAUGACGCACUCAGCUCUCUACCUGGCAGCGGCUACUCUCCUUCCUUUUUCCAUUUUAAACCUGCCGAGACGUCCUUGAAGAGGAAGAUGCACUAUCACAGCGCUGAUCGUGUCGCGCUGGUCUCAUCGGGAAUACCUGGUUGCAGUGCUUGCAGACACGGGGGAAGUCCAAUAUAUUCCGAUGAAGUUCAUGGGCCGAUGGAGACGUUUGUUCUACCGACCGGUAUGUAUUUGAGGCCGGAGGAUGCUGGAAAUCUCUAUACGACUCUGUCAGCGAAUCCCAACGUAUUUUUCCAGAGAGCUACACACCCGGGGAUGAUGUAUUGAUCCCCGCUUUUAAUUGACACGAAAGAACUUUAUUCAAAUAUUCUGAAGAAUUUAAUGAGAAGAUCCGCGGCUUUAUAAUUCUUCGCGUUAGAUUACGAUCAAUGAUCAAGAUAAUUACGUCGAUUGUAAAUACUUACGUUGCAUUUAGUACUUGACAAGUUUUGUCAAUUUUUGUACGAAGAAUAAUAUCGAACGCACGUCGAGCGAUAUGUUUGUGCGAAUAAACAUCUUUCUUUUAUAUAAUA